UAAUAAAUAAUUCUCACAUUUCACGGUGGUGUUACUGUUACAAAAUUCACUCGAAGUUCCAAACCUUCAUGUCAGAAACACACAAAACAAUUUGAUGCCAAAUAAACAACACCGAAUCUCAACUUCAUCCAACACAACAACACACAUCAUCGUUACUCUUCUUGUUCUUUUCAUCUCUACAAUUUCACUUUCCGGUUAGAAUUUCUUGUUCAUUGUUUUAACUUUUAAUGUUGCUAUCUUUGAAUGUAACAAUGGGGUGUUAUUGAUUGCUCAAAGUAGUGGAAAAAAAUUCACCCUUUACGUCUUUUUACAAAAAGGUUACAUUUAUAAACUUUUUUUGUUGUGUGUAGAGAAAAACCCAUUUCAUAAAAUGUACUAUUGUGAAUGAUUUUGCACUUUUUUUGCUUUGUUGUUGAAGCAACAAUGAAGGGUCAAUGUUAGAUUAAUGUUUAAAAGUUAAAGUUUUUAACUUUAUUAUGGAAUUGUCAACAAACACUAAACCUAUGAAAUCCAACUCAAAUUUAUCAGAAAUGGUAUUUAAAUUUGCCAAAGUUUGUAAAUUCAAAUCUAUUGGGGUUUUUUCAUCUGAAAUCCCUAAUCUCCAUCAUUUGCAUAGACCCUUUUUCAAUGAGUCUCUAUUGAGUGGAAAUAGUAGUGAAGAGUUCAAAUGUUAUGACCAAAAAGUUCAUCCUCAUUCUAUUGAAUUGAAAGGCAAAGAGGAUUCUUGUGGUGAUUUGGUUGUCAUGAAUAAGAUUUUUGAUGCUGUUUCAGAUUUGAAACUUGCAUAUCUUAAGCUUCAACAAGCUCAUAUACCAUAUGAUCCGAAAAAGAUUGUUGCUGCUGAUGAUCUUGUUGUUGUUGAGCUUGAGAAGCUUUGCAAGUUCAAGAGUGAGUAUAAGGAGAAGCAAUCUAAGAAGGCAAUGAUCAAUGCUGAACUUUCUGAUCUUUUGUUUGCUGAAAUUGUUGCCAAAGAAGCCUUUUUAGGGAAGCUUAAGUCUCAAAAGAGUGGUAAAGAUUCGGAGAUUCUUCGGUUGCGUCGCCAACUUAGUGAUUUGGAAAUGGGGAACAAGAAUUUGUCUGAGAAGAUUAGACAGAUAAAGUUAGAGCAUAGGAAAGCAAGUGUUUUGAGUGUUACUAAGUUUCAAGAUGUUUUCAAGGCUGCUUCAAAAUCUAUUCAUGAUUUCGCGAAACCGAUUAUUAGCUUGAUGAAAGCUUCGGGUUGGGACCUUGAUAGGGCAACAAAGUCCAUCGAAAAUGAUGCUGUUUAUUUGAAAAGAUGCGAUAAGAAGUAUGCUUUCGAGGCCUACAUUGCACGGAGAAUGUUUCAUGGGAUUGCAUUAACUUCCUAUGAUGUGAGUGAUGUUAUGAAAUUUGAUGACCCGAUCGAUGCACUAAUAGAGAAUCCAAACUCAGAUUUCGCCAAAUUUUGCAUAGAAAAAUAUCUUCUGGUUGUUCAUCCCAAAAUGGAAGAGUCGUUCUUUGGCAAUACGGAACACCGCAGAUUCAUAACAAGUGGCAAGCACCCGAGAACAGAAUUCUAUCAAUUAUUUGCAAAAAUGGCGAAAUGGAUAUGGGUUUUGCUAGGAUCUGCAGUCACAAUAGAUCCUAAUGCAACCAUGUUUUCUGUGAUCAAAGGAAGCAUGUUCUCCAACUCGUACAUGGAAUCUGCCGUGGAAGAAAACACGAGCGCAAUGCUUUCUGAUAAAAAAAGAGCUACCUAUAAAGUUCAGUUCAUGAUCAUGCCGGGGUUUAAAGUUGGACACGCGUUGGUGAAGUCUCGAGUUUAUGUUUCGCAACAUCGUUCAAACUAAAUUGUCGCCACUUUAACCGGUAAUUCAGCUAACAGAACCGCAUAGUUUCGAACUUGAAUACUUUGGAUGGUACCUUAGAUAAUCAAGAUAACAAUGCCUAUUUAUAAUCUUUAGUAUAUGUUUAGUUACUAUGGUCUUUAGUUUCUUUAAUUAUUGCACUGUAUUUUCUUCUAAUCCCUUUCAAAUUUCUCUAUCAAAUGUAAAUAGAUGUUUAACUAAACUUCCUAUGAUGAAUGCAUUUUAAUUUA